AUGCAGCUCUACAGCAGCGUCUGCACCCACUACCCCGCCGGGGCUCCGGGACCCACGGCCGCCUCAGCCGCCGCCCCGCCCGCCGCCGCCAGCAGCGCCUUCAAGGUCUCCGCCUCGCCCGCCGCCUCCUUGCAGCCGCCGGGAGCCGCGCCGGAGCCCGAGACCGGUGAGUGCCGCCCGCCCGCCGCCGAGGCCGCCAGCGCCAGCAGCGGCGCCGACAUGCCCGCCUUCUCCUCCUGCUUCGACAUGGUCGCCGGCGCCGCCGCCGCCUCCUCCAGCGCCGCCUCCAGCGCCGCCGCCUCAGGCCUGCCCGGAGGAGCGUGCAAGCCGCCGCUGCCGCCGCACUACACGUCCACGGCGCAGAUCACCGUGCGGGCCUUGGGCGCCGCCGACCGGCUGCUGCUGCAGCCCGCCGCCGACUCGGCCGCCCCGCGUGGCCGCUGCCUCCUGCCCGUGGCGCCCGCGCCGCCGCCGCCGCCCCGCCGCGGCUCCUCCGCCUGGCUCCUGGACGAGCUGCUGCGGCCCGACGGCGGCCCCGACCCCGCAGGCGGCCCCGACGCGGCGGCCCGGGAGUGCAACUUCCGCCUCAGCGAGCACCGCCAGGCCCUGGCGGCCGCCAAGCACCGCGGGGCCGCCGCCGCGCUGCCCCCGCCGCCGCCCGGGAGCCCCGAGCCCCGCGGCGGCGGCGCAUGGGCCUCGGAGCGCGGCGGCGAGCCCGGCGGCUUGGAGGAGGCGCGGUUGCAAUUGCAGCAGCAGCAGCAGCAGCAGCAGCAGCAGCAGCAGCAGCAGCAGCAGCAAAGGCGGCGGCGGCCCGAGCUGGACGAGGCUGCCGAGGCGACGCCCGGGGGCCCGGCUGCCGGGGAAGCGGCGGCUGCAGUGGCAGCGGCUGCCAUCGCAGCCGCAGCCGCUGCCGCCUCUUCCUCCGAGGCGCCCCGCGGCCCGGGCCCCGCCGACCCGCCGCGCGACGAGAAGCUCGCCCUGUACCUGGCCGAGGUGGAGCGGCAGGACAAGUACCUGCGGCAGCGCCACAAGUUCCGCUUCCACAUCAUUCCCGACGGCAACUGCCUCUACCGCGCCGUCAGCAAGACGGUGUACGGGGACCAGAGCCUGCACCGCGAGCUGCGCGAGCAGACGGUGCACUACAUCGCCGACCACCUGGACCACUUCAACCCCCUGAUCGAGGGCGACGUGGGCGAGUUCCUCAUCGCCGCCGCGCAGGACGGCGCCUGGGCCGGCUACCCCGAGCUGCUGGCCAUGGGGCAGAUGCUGAACGUGAACAUCCACCUCACCACCGGCGGCCGGCUCGAGAGCCCCACCGUGGCCACCAUGAUCCACUACCUGGGCCCCGAGGACGCCCUGCGGCCCAGCAUCUGGCUCAGCUGGCUCAGCAACGGACAUUAUGACGCCGUCUUCGACCACUCCUACCCCAACCCCGAGUACGAGCACUGGUGCAAACAGACUCAGGUGCAGAGGAAGCGCGACGAGGAACUCGCCAAGUCCAUGGCCAUCUCCCUCUCCAAGAUGUACAUCGAGCAGAACGCCUGCUCGUGAGGGGAUCGGGGCUGUGGGUGGGGG